AUGUCAGAGUACACCCCAGUCGACGUCCUUAUCAUCGGCGCUGGCCCUGCAGGACUAUCCGCCGCCUUAUCCCUCGCUGGACGACUACACACAGCUAUUGUGUUCGAUAAUUGCACUUACCGCAACGCCAAUGCGUUGCACAUGCACCUGCUUCCUACCUGGGACCGCAGGAGUCCAACGCGAUUUCGAUCCCAGGCAAAGACAGAGAUCGUCACUAAUUAUUCAACAGUCCGUAUUGUAGAAGUCGAGGUGAAAAAAGCAGAGAAAAUCAACGACUCCCUCUUCCAGCUGACGGAUGGAAAGACUAUCUGGCAAGGAAAGAAAUUGAUUCUCGCCACAGGCUUGGAGGACGUGUUUCCUCAUGUACGAGGAUAUGCAUAUGUAUGGAGGAAGGGAAUUUUCCAUUGUCGCUGCCAACGCUAUGGAGACCGCAACACCAGCUCUGCUGGGGUUCUAGCCAUCACUCCACAGGCCAAUGUGCGCAUGGCUAUUCACCAAGCUGAGACCGCAGCCGAAUUCUGCUCAACUGUAACGAUCUACACGAAUGGCGCAGGAGCCCUAGCCACUGAACUCUCUACAAAGCUACCCCAUCGCCCAGAUUCCAGUUUCAAAGUCGAUAACCGGCUGAUCGCCAAUCUCUCUCUGGACUACGGGGCCUGGCCACAAUCAUCUCAGGUCCGCCUAGUGGGUGGGACAACAUUUAACCACACUUUCCUUAUGCACAGUCCCACUACUCGAAUCAAGGGACCCUUCGUAGCACAAUUGGGCAUCGCUCUCGCCACGGAAACCAUCACAGGGUCUGUUGAUAUUGCAGUUUCCCAACCGUUCCUGCAGACCAAUGUAAGGGGCGUGUUUGCUGCGGGGGAUUGUAUGAUGCCGCUCAAGUCGGUGGUGGGGGCCAUGUCUAGUGGGGCUAGUGCUGCUUACGGUGCCUCUACUCAAUUGAGGGCAGAAAAUAAUGGACGCACACCUCCAUUUUAG